UUCUAGCUGCCCGUGGGAUUAUGUCGAAAUUCUUGACGGUAACUCACUGCAGAGUCCUAGUCUUGUCAAGGCGUGCGGCCAGUUGGCAUGGUGGAGAUUGUACAGUAGUGGGAGGUUCCUCAUGGUGCUGUUCAAUUCGGACGUUAUCAUCGGGAUGCCUGGAUUUUCUGCUUAUUACCGAGCUUCAUAUUACAGAUACAACAUUUCAUUACCAAGCCAACAAGUGUCAAUAACAAGCCCAGUGCAGUGUUUUCCUACGCAGACACAAACUGCCACUCCUGUCACGUCAAAUGUGCACGGAAUCCAACCGACACGUGCUUCUGCAAUGAGAACGACCUUCUAUGCUGCUUCAAGUGUAAACGUCCAGCCAGAUCCUUCCCAGUUCCAGUUUCAUUUACCGGCACAAUGCGAACAACGUUGUCACAACACGUUAGGAAGUUACACCUGCUCUUGCGUUAGUGGAUACCAACUGGCCGCAAACGGGAAAUCGUGCUUAGACGUUGAUGAAUGUUCGAUCAAUAAUGGUGGCUGCAGCCAUCAUUGUUACAAUAUCCCUGGAUCAUUUUAUUGCGGCUGUCCGGAAGGAACCAGUAUGGGUGCUAACAACUUGACUUGUGUUGAACCUGGUGUGUCUGUUAACUGCAGUGACAUUAUAACGGUUGCCUUAGAAAAGAAGACGUUUCCAUUUUUUGACGUUGCCCGACUACACUUGAGGUACUCCUCGUGUAAAGCCACACAGAAUGACACCCAUCUGCUGAUCAGCACUCCUUUGAACGGUUGCGGAACACUGUUGAACGAGACUGAAGAUGACCUUAUCUUCUGGAAUGAAAUCCGAACGGAGGUGAUCCUUAUCGACAAUGUCAUAACUAGAUCACAUGACGUCAAAAUUCCAUUUUAUUGUAGUUAUUCGAGAAGGAAAUGGGUCAACCUGGGUUUCAAGCCUCAGCAUCUACACUUUGGAACAGAAGCUGGGUAUGGAAACUUUACCUUUAAAAUUGACUUUUACAAGAGUUCGUCAUUUGCCACACCCUAUACUGAGCAGGACUACCCUCUGAGCGUGGCUGUCAAUCAGUACUUGUACGUGAGAUACAGUGUAGAAUCCAGUGCUGAUCUGGUGAUAAUGGCUGUGACAUGUAGGGCCACUAAAACUGGAAGCUUGUACUCCUGGCCACAAUACUCUAUUGUACUGAACGGAUGUCCGCAAGAUACCAGCAUGGAAUACAACUUUGAUCCUCAAAGGAAUUACCAGCAGUUUAAAAUCAGAGCGUUCAGAUUCUUUAACGACUACGAUCAGGUGUACAUUCACUGCGAAGUUUUGGCCUGUCAUAAAUACUCUUCAAACUCCAGAUGCACCCAAAGUUGUUUAGGCAGUAAGAAGAGAAAGCGGAGGGAUGUUACCCGUGACGAAACAGAACAUGAAGAGAGUACUACCAAAGUCACUCUUACACGAGGACCACUGAUAUUUCAACAGGACGAAGAACCAGCAGACACAGGUCAAAACAAGCAAACUGCGCUGAUUGGUGGCGUAGCAGGCGCUGGAGGAUUUGCUCUGGUUGCAGUUGCUGCAUUGGCUGUUUUAUUUGUCAAGUACCGCAUUGCACGACGGUUCAUGAACAGAAACAAGGUUGGAGACCAGUACGCAACCCAAGAUGAACAACUGAGCAGAAGAAAUGCCUACGUUCAGCCUGAAGAUAUGGUCGAACAAGAAGACUCCUUCUAAAUACAAGCUUUUUUCAGGGCUCACUUGCUCAAAGGACAGAUAACGCUAUCCGACGGACAAAUCACUAUCCAGUGGAGAAGUGUGUUUAAACCGUACUGCGCUAUCCACUGGAUAGGGAUUUAUCCAGUAAGAAAGCGUUAUCCACCCUUUGAACAACCGAAGCCUGCAUUGUUUACUUAUUUCCUUAUCAAACAGCAAAUACAAAUGAAGUUCAAGAAAUUUCUUUCGGCAGUUACGAGGUUUGAGUGCUUUCAUUGCAACCUCUGAUAAAAAUAAACCUUCUCAUCUAACUCCUGAGCAAUUUAGCCUCAGGCUUACGUAACUUUUUUGUUAACUUACACCUUUAAAGCGUGCAGUCUCUUACAGACUGCAGGCCUUACUUUGAAUAGAUCGCUUUCAAUUAUACACAGAGAGAAUGUUUUAAAGAAUAUGUAAGCCAAAACUGUAUAGAUCUUUGAGCUGUACCUUAAUUUAAGAACCUUUCACUGUUGAAAGGUAACUUUUAGAAAGAAAACAAAAUUGAAUAGGGAAAGUUGUUUUUCACAAA